CCACUUCGCUACCCCUCUCUGCCUGCCUUGUCCCCUCGCGAUCCGGCAUCCUCCUUCAGGCACGGCGGCUCUGGCAGCGGAUCCGCGCGGCCACCUCAAGAGUCAAGCCGGGGAUCCCUCCAAGCGAAGUUCUUUUCCUCGGAUGCCCUCCCUCUCGCUCCCCCGACGCCCCUCUCCCGCCGCUCCCUGCGCCCCUCCUGCUCGGCGCCCCCACUGCACGACCCCCCCCCCCCCUCCCUGACCCUGCAGGCGCCGCCGCCCCGAAUCGCGCCGCCGGCGCUCCUGCCUCUUCCCCGAGCAGACCUGCGCCGCCGCCCCAGGUUCCCCCGACCGGAGCAGCCCCUGCCGUCCCCGAUCUGAGCAGCGCCGGGCCCUGCCCCUGAUUCACGCCCCCCGCCGGCCCUGCCCUCCCCCACGACCGGAGCAACGCCGCUGACACCGUCCUCCCCCCGGACCGGAGUCAACAAAUCCCGAUCCAUGGCGAAGCAAGGGUACGCAACGAGCAGCCUAGUGAUUGGCUACGCACUGUGCUCUAGCUUGCUGGCCAUCAUCAACAAGUAUGCCAUCACCAAGUUCAGCUACCCUGGCCUCCUGACAGCCCUGCAAUACCUGACAUCAGUGGUUGGAGUCUGGGUACUCGGAAAGCUUGGCCUCCUCUACCAUGAUCCCUUCAACUUCCAGACUGCCAAGAAGUUUGCACCGGCUGCUGUUGUCUUCUACCUUGCCAUAUUCACCAACACCCACCUCCUGAAGCAUGCCAAUGUCGACACCUUCAUAGUAUUCAGAUCCCUGACACCGCUUCUGGUGGCUAUUGCCGACACCACUUUCCGGAAGCAGCCAUGUCCUUCCAAGCUCACAUUCAUGUCCCUGAUCAUUAUUCUGGGAGGCGCAGUUGGCUACGUGAUGACAGAUUCGGCGUUCACCCUCACUGCAUAUUCGUGGGCACUCGCUUAUCUGAUCACCAUAACUACUGAGAUGGUGUACAUCAAGCACAUGGUAACCAACUUGGGGCUGAAUACCUGGGGCUUUGUGCUCUACAACAAUCUGCUUUCGCUGCUAAUGGCACCGGUGUUUGGGCUUUUGACAGGGGAGCACUUGUCGGUAUUCAGAGCCAUUGAAUCAAGAGGGCAGAGCUGGUUUGAGCUUGAUGCCUUUGUGGCUGUUUCAUUGUCCUGUGUGUUUGGUCUGCUCAUCAGCUUCUUUGGUUUCGCUGCAAGGAAGGCGAUAUCUGCCACGGCGUUCACAGUGACAGGGGUGGUCAACAAGUUCCUUACGGUUGCGAUCAAUGUGAUGAUCUGGGACAAGCAUGCAAGCACGUUUGGUUUGGUUUGCUUGCUCUUCACUCUUGCUGGUGGAGUGCUCUAUCAGCAGUCAGUUACAACAAAAGGGAAUUCUCCAGCACAGCGAGAGGCGGCAGCUAAGCAAGGUAGAGAAGAUGACACGACUGAGUUGGAUGAGGAGAACCAAAGGCUGGUUUCAUCUCCAAAGGUUGUCUGAGGUAUAUGGCCCCUAGAGGUAUCAAGUUUUGUUCGUCUGUCUGCAAUAGGCACUGUUUCUAAAGGUCAUAUUACUCUAGGAAAGUCAAGAGAUAUCAUUGUUGUUGUAGAAGGAAUUCUGGCCUGAACUCACAGUUGCAUGUGCACUCUCAGGCACUGUGUGUCUGUAUACCAGAGUCACUAUGUACAACCUUCCUGACAUUUUACAUAUUUUACCAGUGCUAUUAAGCUUCAUGGUUCUAGUAUGAUGAUAUUUUUAUCA